AUAGUCUGUUCAUCUCUUUGACAUGUGGAAAGUGGUGCUCCUAGGACUAUAUACCAUGUUGGCUGUUGGAGGAUUGGCAAGGGGUGCUCCAUUGGAACCAGAAGAAAAAUGGAAACCUCUAGAUAAUCCCAGAAACAGAGAUUUGUUUUUCAGAACUCUCCAGGCGUACUUUUCGGGCCGGGGUCUCGAUCUCAGAAAUUUCCCAGCUACUUUCACUGUGAACAAUGAAGGACCAAGGCCGGUCAUGUUCUACUCAGAUCCCAUUGCUUCUGCGUUUGCAGAUUACGAAGAAAGGAAAAAUUCUUUUCCAAAUGACUUCAAAGGCUAAAAGAUGCUGCUGACCAAGGUGUUAUCUUCUGGACUUGGUGCCAAGUGCUCACCUCCACAGCAAGACCCUACUGCUCUGCCUUCUUCCCUGCUACCUGAGUUUAACCAUCCCCUCUGCCCAAGCCCUUACCCUGAGCUGUCAUACAUACGCUGUUCGUUGCCACUCGUGUGGCGCUGGGGGGCAGCUCUGGCAUUGUUUGGGUUCGAAUAAACGGGGAAUGCCACCCGCCCUUGUUCUAAAUAGGUAAAUAAAUGUGACCUUUCAGCUCACUGGA